GUCAUUUGACAAAACAAAAAUCAGCCGGUUUUAAUCAUUUUUUGUUCGUAAUGUUCUUCAGUCCGUUUUGUCGGUUUCGUCAUUUAGAUAACAUUGUUCAAUAAAUAAAUUAAUCAUUUUAAGAAAAAUGGCCCGUCCGAUAUCAUUCGUAACUGGAAAUGCAAAGAAAUUAGAGGAAGUACGAGCCAUACUGGGACCAAAGUUUCCGCGUGAGUUACUUCCCGUGAAACUGGACUUGCCGGAAUUGCAAGGAGAGGUGGACGAUAUUUGCAGGAAAAAGUGCAUGGAAGCAGCUCGGCAUGUAAGAGGGCCGGUUCUUGUUGAAGACACAUGCUUAUGCUUCAAUGCGUUAAAAGGAUUACCGGGUCCAUACAUUAAAUGGUUCCUCGAAAAAUUGGAGCCUGAAGGAUUGCAUAACCUGUUGAACGGUUGGGAGGAUAAAUCAGCUCAAGCCGUCUGCACCUUCGCAUACGCUUCCUCUGAAGACUCGGAAGUAGUUCUUUUCCAGGGACGCACCGAAGGAGACAUAGUAUACCCGCGCGGCUGCCGUGAUUUUGGAUGGGAUCCCAUUUUCCAGCCCAAAGGUUACGAUAAAACCUAUGCCGAGCUACCCAAAGAAAAGAAAAAUGAAAUUUCUCAUAGGUUUCGCGCGCUGGAUAAACUAAGGGAUCAUUUCUUAGCAGAGAACCAUUAAUGAAAUCUCAUAAUUAUAAAUAAAUUUUGCUUUGAUAAAUAUACCUGUAAAUACACUAA